UCUUUGAACGGAAAAUCAGGACUCUUGGCCUCGGAUGAUUUGUCAGGUAAAAUUGAUAUAAGUAUUAUUUUUACAGGCGAUUUAAAAGUUUGUACCUACUGCUCAAAGGUCAUUCUCACAUAUUUGAAAUCGAUAAAUACCACUACUGAUAUUAAGUCAGAUUUUAGAGCAUUACAGGAGGAUCUUUCCAAUAAAUUGUCGGUUAUACCUCAGAACACAAACGACUCUUCUAUAGGAAAUUUACAUCGUCGAAAAGUAUCCGUUGGUUACCAGGAAGAACGUUUCGUAUCAAGCCAUCCUCGAACUAUUUCUACCGGGGAUAGAAAGUCAAUGUUGCAACAAUCUAGCUCUUUGCGUUCAAUAUAUGAGGAAAUGAUAACAGUUCUGCCCCGACAAAAUCAUGGAUUUGAAAUUUUGGCUUACCUUUUUAGUUCUCAGAAAUCCUCAAAUACUCGUCAAGCUGUAGCAAUCUUGAACGCAAUGAUAGAAGCAAAUUUUAUCAUUCCUCCAGCUCCAAUAGAAUCUUUAUCACCGCAAGUUGAUGACAGUAACAUUGCUGACGACUUCGACGAAAACACUGUCUAUACAUUCGUAGAACUGGAAGAAAUGUAUGACAUGAUACACGAUUCGCAUUCUGUGUCCCUGAGACGCUCAGAACCCCAUAAAAACUCGUUCGACAUUUUACCUCCAAGUUCACCAGACACCGGCUACCUUACAUCUAAUCACCGAAUAGAAAUAGAAGAUCCUCUGUUGUCUUCUUCGGGAGCAAAGGCGUUACUGCAAGCAUUUUGCGAACACGAAGAAAUCAUGCUUCAUCAGCUCCUUUCCAAAGAAAACCUGGAUCCAUCGUGGGCUAAAAUUCUGAUUCCCAUAGCGGCUCGAGUAGCUAACACAGUGAGGCCUAAAAUUUGUAGCUCGGUAGAUAGCAUAGACAUUCGUAACCAUGUGUUUUUAAAAAAGAUCCCCGGAGGUCAGCGUCAAGAGUGUAAAUCCCUAGGAGGGGUUGUUUUUACUAAAAAUGUUGUCCACAGACAAAUGAUGUCAUAUAUUGAGAAACCAAAAAUUCUGUUGUUACAGUGUGGCAUAGCGUAUCAAAGAGUCGAAGGAAAAUUUGUAAGUUUCGAUACUUUGAUGUUGCAAGAACGAGACUAUCUAAAGAACAAAGUAACAAAGAUCCUUAGCCUUGGUCCUAACAUCGUUUUGGUUCACAAGAAUGUUGCUGGUAUUGCACAGGAUAUGCUGCGAGGCAAUGGAAUUACACUUGUAUUAGAUGUCAAACUUUGUGUAAUGGAAAGAAUAUCUCGCUGUUUAGAAUGCGAUAUUUUGACUAGCAUUGAUUCAAAUGUAGGUCAGCCAAAACUUGGAACCUGUGACAAGUUUCAUAUUAAAACAUUCUAUGAUGAACAAGGAUCUUCCAAAACAAUGCUGUGCUUUGUGAAAUCAUACAGUCCUCGUGGAUGUUGUGUCUUGCUCCGUGGAGGUGCUAAGAGCGAAUUAAUAAAAAUCAAGAAAGUUAUGUCUUCACUCCUGUAUGCCCGAUUCAAUUGGCGAUUAGAAUUGUCAUACCUAUAUGACGCAUGCGCUCAACCACCAUCGCCGCGAUCGUGUAUUUUUGAAGGCGAAGAAUUUAGCCCUCUAGAGGAAACAAAUGACUCAUUAAUAACUCAGCUCAACGCUACUUUAUACAAACAUAUCGAUAAACAAAAGAUAAAGGUAAUGAGUAUGGAGAAUGUCGACAUAUUUUCAGAUCCACUGCGAGCUGCAAUCUCUGAAUUAUCAGAUCAAGAAAAUGAACACCAAUUUGUAGUUGAGAAUCCAUUCGAUGAUCGAUUUCGAAAUGCGCUAACUAGUACAGUUUUAUCAAUAAGUCCUUUCAUGAAUUUUCCCCCACCGUAUCUUGAGACAGACAAAGGAAGGAAAUGUGAAUUACGUCGUUAUUUUCCAGAAGAGCUGUAUUAUUCUAAACAAUGGUGUAAUCCAACAUACGAACAAAAUAUAGUUGAAAUAUUUAACACUCGUGCCCAACAUGAUGUUGAAAUAUCUUCACUACACAAAUUUACGUCAUACCGAAUAAUAUCAACAUUAGAACACAAGGACGUUCAAAUUAUGCUAGCAAGUUAUCGUGCAAUGGGUGGACGUUAUCCUAAACAUGCUGAUAGUAAGUAUAUAUGUUUUUUUAUUAUGUCCGGAUAUAUGUCCCAAACUCGAAAAGACCAGCCAGGGCAAAUCUAAAAAAUAAUGGUUAAUCUAACCAAAUGAAAAUCAAGCAAAACAAUGUCUCCACACCUCGUGCCUAAUCAUCAAAACUUUGCCAAAUUGUAGCAUGGUUUCGGUGAUCAGCAUGUUGGACAUGUUCGGUGGGUGAUCAAGAAGGCGUGCUUUUAAAAAAUAAUAUAACAUGGUGCAAAUUUAAAUCAUUAAAUUUGUCCAUUUUUCGAACCUCACCCCAGUUCUGACCAGUGGUGUCACGGUUCGCUUAUGAGCGUAUCAUAACCACUCAAUCGACGAACCUAUCGGGUGAGCGCUUAUCGAACGCUCAGAGCGGCGGGUUUGAACGGUUCGCGAACCAAAAUUUCGAUCAUCAUUUCUCUGCUCGCUUGCCGCUCCGCUCUGAACGGAGUAAAGAGAGCGUUCAGCGAACGGUUCGCCAACGGAGAAUGUAGGCACUGAUAGAAAAACUUAUUUGUUUUUAUUCUUCACUCCCACAAAAUCGUUCAAAUUUGUUAACGAUAAAGUUAUCAAGGGAUCAUAAUCCAUAAACUAC